AUGGUCGCUCAGAAAAGGCCAGCGCCAUCGGCCAGCUCGAGCUCGAGCUCGAAGCCUCCUACACCGGCGGACCUUUCCAACGGCCAAGGUCCUAACUGGAAGAAGCGCAAGCAAGAGCGUGCACAUACCGCUCGUUUCAUUCAGACCCAAGCGCCUACAACAGCUUCAUCCUCAGCAAGUAGCUCACGGACGGUGUCUAAGUCCUCGACCCCUGUUCCUGCCUAUGCGUCAGCGGCUACUGGCGCUUCCACUUCGAAUCUACCAACAAGUGUCGAACUCGAAUCGCUCGUCUCCUCAAGAGCCUUUCAGAUCCAGAGCUUUCUUCGAUCCAUCAAAUCGGCCAAGUCGGCCACCACCACCAGAGCAUGGCAGCUCCUUCCACGGCAUGCACGCCGCCGCGCUGCCUCACACAAUCUGCUUCGCCUCCCAUCACGGCUACGCUCAAAAGCUUUGGCAGAACUUCGCAGCAGUACUACGCAAGCAAGAUCACGGUCCGACAUUCGGAAGCGUUUGCCGAGCCAUGGCGUCAUUCAAUCCACACUUAGGCGAAAGAAGCUGGCGGAACGGGCGUCUCAUCCGCAGAGAAGGUGGCUUGAGACGCACAUGUGGCAUGCAAAGAGGUUCAGGAUGACGACGGAAAAGGGCAAGAGGAAGGAGCGCGAUCAGGGCAACGAGUGUGGCAGGUGGGGCUUUGUGCUUCCCGAGACAACGAUGAUGAAGAGUCAUCGAGCGAGCUGGCGGAGUGCGAGGGAGUAUGUUACGGUGCAUGAUGCUAGCUACCACUCGGUCUUUCGAGUCGGCGUGCGUGCAGCCGGCUACGAACCGGCGAGUGAUGUCGAUGCGAAAUUGCUCGAGCAGCUGCGUUCCAGCCUUUCAAGAGCAGGUUUUGCUGACGCUUCAAGACUGGGCCUUGCAAAAUCACCUUCGUCUUCCCACGUCCUCGACACCGUUCUCACGCAGUCUCAAGGAGACCAGCAGAGCAGUAUCACAGACAUUCCAGCUUCCAUCUUCAAAGCUGCGCUAGCACCAGCCCGCAUCAUAUUGCUUUCCGGCUGUCGAAACUUCUCCAAGACUUUGCCACAGCAGGCUCCGUACAGCUACGAUUGCAAGGAAGCACUCGUCUUUGCCCACCCUGCGGCCGACCUGCACAUACGACGUGCGCUCAAAGCAGCCGGGAUAGUCUUGAUUGACGAGAGGAAGAACGCACUCUUCGAUCUCGAGCCACCAGCCGCACGAGUGGUCGACACGUACGCAUUCCAGCUCGAUUCGGCGCCCGAUCCGUGGCUGGCGGCAGGAGGAAAGGACAGCUCGCUGUCGAAGCUCGAGAAGAAGCGCAGGAGACAAGCAUACGGCAGCGGAAGCGCAAAGGGCUCGAGCGGGCAGGAGAUGGACACGUCUGACGAUGCAACAAGCAACGGCGUGAUCUUGGAUGACAGAACGACGCUGAUGCGUAAGCAAGGCUUCAACAUGUUUGAGCUCGUUGGUCCUCGCGCGACGUCGCUAUUGCAAGCCGUGCUUCGAUUGUCGCCCGCCGUCAGCCAGGAUGCUGCUGAGCGCAAUCUUAGACAGCUGUUAAGCAAGCAAAAUGGCGCAGCAACUUCGAUGGUCGAGGUGCAAGUCAAUGACCCUCGACUCUCAUACCCACCAAAGCUCAAGCCUAUACAUUCUGCUGCAAAGACAUCCUCGGAAUCAAAGAACGAGGCCGCUUUGGAGGCUCCAUCGACUGACAAGCUCUUUUGGACGGGAGCCACUCCACCUCGUUUCAGCAAAGGCGAGAUCGACUCGAGGCGAGCUUUCAACGUCGUGCCUGGUGCUCGAUUGCAGCCCGACUCUCGAGAUGACAUUGUACCCGUCGUCAUCAUCCGUGACCACCUCGUGCAGACUCCAUCGAUCGAUCGAUUCACUCUUAUCGUACCUCGCGGUUGGGGCACGGCUUUCUUCCUCUCCCUCGUCGCUACGCAUCAAUCUGGCGCCUCGAGUGGAGCACGAGUGCUGGGACAGCAUCAGCUGAAACAUCAGCGGCUCGAAUUGGCCGCCCUUUCCGCGGCUGUUGGCGCAAAGAUGCCAGCAGCCAAAGCGGACAUGCUCAGCUAUCCACACAAUUGGCUCGGCACGCAGGCGCAUGCCGUCAGUGAAAAGGAAGCAGCGGCGACGCGACAAGAGGUGUGGAGCAGGAGGCCCAAGGGCAAGAGGACAGAAUACCUUUUCCCGUCUCAUAAGGACUGGGUUGCCUUUCAACAAACAAACACUGCGGAUCAGGUCCAGGCAAAGCUUUCAAAGGAUCGAACAGGUGCUUCAAGGCCGUAUCCAUUCGGCGGGUCACAUUGCUGGGAGUGGAUCGUCGGGAACUCCGAAAGGCUGUUCGGCAAGGCUGCUGCCCAGCAAGACGAAAAAGUCGAGCUGCAACAGCCGUGGCUAGUGGCGUCGGCAGCGGCUCAGCUGCCGAACGAAGCGGCGCUUUCAGCAGCGAACCUUGCAUCUGCCAUGGUCGCUAUGAACUUGCGAGCGGUUCGAAAGGGAACAGUCAUGCCGUUGAGCAGUCUGAUGCUAGCACCUUCGUUCGAAGAUCACCUCAGUUGGGUACAUCACCUCCACCCGAUCGAUCAUCCAGCCGCGGUCGCCAACCGCAGCAGCACUGGAGCGCAAAAGAUGGACAAACAACAUCUCAAGUCGCUGAUCGAACGACGCUGUGAGAUCAUGCAGCUGGGACGAAGUGCUCCGCAAAGCUCCUCCUUCAAGCCGAAACUCAAAGCUGCUGUGCAGAGCACGAAUCCUUGGUCGAGCUCCAAUUCCACGGCGACCGAUCCGGAAGAGAUGCACAACCGCAGCGCCGACUGGAACAACACUGUGGGUACGGUGCUGGACGGCGACUACUCGCUCGGCAAUGGCAAAGGUUUUGGUAUCGGGGCGAUCACGCUGCGCGCUUGGUUGGAGUUGAAGGAUCGAGAGGCGAGGUUGGCGGCGCUCAAGGGAGAGGAGGAGGAGAAAGGUAGGAGGAAAGCGCGGAAUCCGAUCGAGACCAGGUUUCUGCUGUUGAUGCGCGAGCCCGGGACGGACGUCGUUCGCGCUGUGACUGCUAGCCUUAUACCCUUGUCGUAG